GGAAAUGCUAAACUCCAGCCACCCGGAAGAGCAGCACAGCGACGCCUUACAAAAAAACUAAAUAGAAAACUCUAAAAAAUACUUCACCUUCUCGUUAAAACUUAGCGAAUAAUAAAGAUGGAGGAUCUUGCCUCCGUGCAUCAUCUCCAGGCGCUGUCCGCCCUGCUCUCUCCAAACAAUGAAGAUGAGGAAGAAGAUCUCCAGAAAGUGAAGCCCAUAGCAAAGCUGGGCCCGGGACAUAUCGGUUCUCCUGCUGUACCUUCGGGGGAUAAACAGAAAGAGGGUAGCACUGCCUAUGUGAAGAAGAACAGCAAAGGCAUCUGGGAUGAGGAUGAAGUGACCGAGGGGGCGCAUUUUGAUGACCUCACCGAUCCACGGCCACAGCCAGAGUACGAGAUUGUGCUGAAACAGUCUGUUGGGACUGAAGAUUUGUUUCUUGGCUUGAGCAGAAAGGACCCCUCAUCCAUGUGUUGUGACAGCAUGCUGGUGAGAGUUAAACUGCCAGAUACAAAAGCAUCUGAUUUGGUGCUGGAUGUGAGGGAGAUGUUUCUUGACCUCAGAACUCCAAAGUAUAAGUUGGGCCUUCAUCUGCCUCACCCAGUCCACAAACAUGAGGGGAAUGCCAGAUUCAUCAUGGAGAGGGAAGAACUGGAGAUCACACUCCCCAUGAACAGACCAAUGGACUGCAUCAACCUGACCUGAGAGAGACAGAGAGAGUGACUGAACCAUGAGAAGAGACACUUCGGCAGUGUUGACAACAUCUAUACAGAUACAGUUCAACAGCCUUUCAUUGGCAGUCUUGGAUCCAACCCGGAAACAUAACCUAUGAAUAUGUCCCAAUGAUCCAAUUCACUUCGGUCAAUGCCUUCCCAUAACCCAAUUCACUUAUCAGCAGGUUUAUUAGCUUUAGAACCAGGAAAUAAACAUUCUGUUAAAAUGUUUCCAAACCAGCAGCUUAGAUAAAGUGGAA